AUGAGACCAGAAGCAGUGCCCAUAGCUCCAAGACCGAGAUCAGUGCCUUACUACUUGCAAAAAGCACUGAAGAAAUGGCUGGGGCAGUGUGUAGAAGAGGAGAUAUUCGAAGAGGUGCCUGAAGGUGAGGCAGUCACAUGGUGUUCACCCUUGGUUGUUCAACCAAAGGCAACGUUCAAUGCUGUAGACAAGGAGAAACUUGAAUGGCAGAUGAUCAGGGCCAGCGUGGACCUCAGGGUAACAAACCAAUUUAUGGAAAGAAAUAGGAUCACCCAGGGACUGACUGUUGAACACUUUCUGUACAAAUUUCAUGAAUGUACUGUCUUCUCCAAACUCGACAUGUGGCAGGGGUACCGCCAACUCUUCCUCGAUCUGGAGUCCAGGAAAAUUGCCACUUUCAGCACCCCACGGGGGAACAUGCCACCAAAACAUCUGAUCUUUGGAGCAAAACCAUCACAACAUCUCUAUGAUGAAGUUAUGUACUGA